UGCAGGGAAGAACAUAACCGAAGUUCAAGAUGAGAACUUUGACUUCACUGUCAUCCCAAAGCCCAACCACAAAAUUUAAGCAUUGGUUAAUGCAAUGGCUGGACUCUGCCAAAACCAUUGAUCAUCUGAAACAAACCCAUGCUCUUUUUCUCAAACUCCUCUCUCAACAACCACCCCAUCAUUAUCAUCACUACAUGGGUCGUUUGUUAUACCGAGUUCUCCAAUUCCAUGGCGAAAAUGCCAAUCUUUGCUAUGCCCACCAACUGUUUGACACAAUGCCAAACUGCCCGAAUGGCUUCCUUUGGACCUCCCUCAUUCGUGCAUUCCUAUCCCAUCGUGCCCAUGUUCUCCAUUGCAUUUCUAUCUAUACUAGAAUGCAUCAAAAUGGGAUUUUGCCUUCCGUGCUCACCUUCUCUUCGGUACUUAGCGCGUGUGGGCGAGUCCCGGCUUUGUUUGAAGGAAAACAAGUGCAUGCCAGAGUGGUGCAGUCGGGGUUUAUUGGAAACAAGAUUGUGCAAACUGCACUCCUUGACAUGUAUGCAAAAUCGGGCUGUAUAAGUGAUGCACGUGAUGUGUUUGAUAGGAUGGAUGACAGGGAUGUUGUUGCUUGGACGGCGAUGAUUUGUGGGUAUGCUAAAGUAGGAAUGAUGGUUGAUGCACGGUGGCUCUUUGAUAACAUGGGAGAACGCAAUUGUUUUACUUGGACUACCAUGGUUGCUGGAUAUGCAAAUUGUGAAGACAUGAAAGCUGCCAAGGAAUUGUAUGAUGUAAUGAGUGACAAGAAUGAGAUCACUUGGUUUUCAAUGAUAGCAGGCUAUGGUAAGUUAGGUAACGUGGAGGAAGCAAGAGGAGUAUUUGAUGGAAUACCUGCGCUGCAGUCUGCAUCUGCUUGUGCAGCAAUGCUUGCUUGUUAUGCACAGAAUGGAUACGCAAAGGAAGCUAUUUACAUGUAUGAGAAAAUGAGAGAAGAAGGGAUAAAAAUCACUGAGGUGGCAAUGGUGGGGGCUAUGUCAGCUUGUGCACAACUGAGGGACAUUAGAAUGUCAAACACACUAACGGACCAUCUUGAGGAGGGUUGCUGUGAUAGAACACAUGUUGUUUCCAAUGCAUUGAUCCAUAUGCACUCAAAAUGUGGAAAUAUAAACUUAGCAGUAAAAGAAUUCAGUAUAAUGAGAUACAGGGAUAUGUAUGCCUACAGUACAAUGAUUGCUGCCUUUGCUGAGCAUGGAAAAUCACGAGAUGCUAUAAACCUUUUCUUUAAAAUGCAAAAGGAGGGAUUAAUGCCAAACCCAGUCACAUUCAUUGGUGUCCUCAAUGCUUGUAGCUCUUCUGGUCUUGUUGAAGAAGGUUGUAGGAUUUUCCAGAUUAUGACUGAGGUAUUUGGUAUUAAGCCCUUACCGGAGCACUAUACUUGUAUAGUUGAUCUCCUUGGGAAGGCUGGGCAACUAGAAAGGGCCUAUGAUCUAAUAAAGGAGAAUGCAACCAGUGCUGAUGCAACAACUUGGAGCUCUUUAUUGGCGGCUUGCAGGCUAUAUGGCAAUGUAAGUUUGGGUGAGAUUACAGCCAGACAUCUCUUUGAGAUUGACCCUGACGAUUCUGGAAAUUAUGUUCUUCUAGCAAACACUUACGCAUCGAAAGGUAAAUGGGAGCAUGCACAAGUGGUUAAGAAGUUGAUUAGUGAAAAGGGAAUGAAAAAACCUUCAGGGUAUAGUUUGAUUCAGUGAGCAAACAAGAACACUAUAAAGAAGAAGCACUUUGAUUAAGCAGUGUAUCCCCUCAAUCAGUAUAAUGAUGUUCUGCUUAUCACUUUUGUACUGGUCAACACUGUUGAAGGAGUAAUUGCUGAACAAGCUUUGAAUUCCCCGCGUUAUUUUCUGAGAUAUGCACGUAAGAUAUCAAUAUCAUCAUGUAGGUGUAUGAUCAUUUAGUCAUGAAGCCAUUAGGCAAAGCUGUUAAUCCAUCUUAGAACAGGAACGAGUUUCAUGUGGCCGUUGUGAAGUUGUAUUGGCCUCAAGGUGCAAAAACUUAGUUCCCUACGCCGCAAAAUUUGUAUGCUGGUGAUGGGGAUAUGGAUGGGGGAGUAUAGGAUAUAUGUCACAAAAUGGGGACUCUAUACCGGGGCAUUUACUAAAGAUAUCACGGACAAUAGUGAAGACAGGAUCCACAUUACUUUGAAAUGCAGGUGUUGUUUUGGAGGGAGAUGGCAAUAAUGGUUCUGUGUGGGAGUUUUAUUUGGCUGCUAUGAGUAAUAAUUAUCAACAAACAGAUAUAAGGACAAAGAUGAUUCAUAAGGGAAAGAAACAGGGGGAUCUUCUCCCUAAAAAAGCGGAUUACCGCUCAAUGUGGGCAUGCAAGGAACAGUAGAGGGCUUAGAGUACUCAAAACUUUUCACAAUCCGACUCAAUGCUUGUUGGCAAUGAAGCAGCAGCAGACAUGUUUCUUACGUUCAGGCAACUUCUUUUCCUUGUGCAGUAUCUUUCUUCUGCCUAUAAUUUCGGAUAUCUCUUUGUGAUUGUCGCAGUCUAUUAAUAUUUUGGUACGGAGGUUGUUAGAUAACUUCAAGGAAAUGAAGUUAUCUAUUGAAGGUUCGAGAGGUUAGUAAAAGAAGAGUUAUCUAUCAAAAGCCAAAAUUCCUUUUUUAUUAUUGAUAGAAGAAGAUAUUAUAAGAAGAAAUUAUAGAAGGUGAAAUCUCAUGCUGGACAUGUCAAUACACAAAAGAUGACAAGUGAACCUUCAAACAUAGUCUCAGUGUAAGUUUUCGUACUAAUAAAGUAAUUGUAAAACUGCUUGAAAGUAGUGUUUGUAUAUAGGUUUUUUAUUUGUAGUUAGUUAAGUCUGAUAAAAAUUACUAUAUACUAAAUUGGA